AUGCAGAUUCUCUUAGAUGUAAGUGCAUUAUGGAUGCUUUCUCAGGGUGUAGAAGAAGCGGAACCUACCUUCACGAAGUUUGAGGGUUACCUCAACAUAACGUCCCUAGACUGGAAUACGUCGUAUGGAAAUACAUCAUCGCCAGAGUUUAGAACACUCUCAACGAACAUAUAUCUGCAGCUCCUUUGUUCGAUGUCCAAUUCGACGUUGAGCGUUCGGAACAUUUCGAUUUUGGAUUUCCGCCAAGGCGUGGUCGUGGCACACUUCGCAAUCGAGUUAAACGACGCCGUUAACUUGACUACACUACAUGACACAAUCAAUGCAUCGAUAUCUCAGACAUGCUUCGCUGGAUAUGAAAUCGCAAAUUUUCGGAUUGAAGGGAAAUCAUCCACACUGCAUUCAGCCACAUCAACUACGUCUUACAGCUCAGCUACUACUACCGUGAGGUCCUUUAGCACUGAGGUUCAAACAUCGACAGCGCAAACUGCUACUUCUCAAUUUACUACCACUGACAUUCAGUCAUCGACUACGCAAAUGGCGACAUCUCAAUUUGAGACAAAAACAUCUACUACAACAGUGUCCCCUACAGCAGCUAUGACAUCAUCUAGAGCAGAUGUUCAGCCGUCUACAACGCGUGCAAUGAUGUCUUCCUCAGACUCAAAGACGUCAGUGAUUGGCGAGAGAACAUCCACCCCACUGAUGCUAAUGCCACAAACUACAAGUGAAGUUUUCACCGAAACAUCUUCACUGAAGACACCAAUGCCCAGCUCAUCGUCGUCGACAGUAAUGAUAACAGAUGCCAGUAGUGACGUAGUUGCUUCUACACCUGUACAAGUUGUCAGGUCAUCAUCAUCUGGAAGUGUUCUGCCUUCAGAAAGUGUCUCCACGUCAGCAACGGAGACCACAACUCCAGGAAUGACGUCGAGUAGCUUGGAAGCAACAUCAUCACCAGCAAAAGUAAUUCUCCAAUCAUCAAGUAGUGGAGCGACGACGUCAUAUUCAAUAGAAGGUACGGUAUCUAGUAGUGUCAUGAAGGACACAACAAGCAGUCGUUUGAUUGUUCCCUCGAGUACCGCAGUCGAAGUAACAUCAAGUGAAUCUGUUAUGACAAGUCCGUCAAUGUCCACAACAACAACAAGAAGUAGUGCUACUGUAUCACUUUCCAGUACUUCUGUCGUCACACAUGUUUCAUCCAGUUCUAUUCCUGAAAUGGUCACUAGACAGACUCAGUCUACAGCUGUUCCUGCUUCAACAAGUUCUCCAAUCACUACACCAGCGGUAUCAACAGGACCUUCAAUGAUGUCGAGCCAACCUUCUAUUCAAAUAACUCCUUCCAGCCCUAGCAUUGCAGUGUCUUCAGUCGAAUCCAGCAGUUCUGUUACAGGAGUCAAAACAAGCAUCGCAGAAUCAACGUCAGCUGCAUUCAGCAGCUCCAGGAGUAUCUCAGAAUCAAGGUCAUCCAUGGAAAUCUCGGAGAAACCCAGUGCAAGCAGUGUUUUGGUCGAGUCCAGUACAACCACAUCAAUAGAAGCGACCUCAUCAGCAUUACCACUGGCAUCCAGCAGCGUCCGUGUGUCGACUCCUGUUACUAAAGUUGUUUCAACGACUGCUCCCAUUGAAACAACUGAAGUGAAAGAUUUCUCAAGCAGUAGCAUAGUUUUAGCUUCAGAAUCAUCGAGCCUUGAAGUUACACUCACAACAUCGUCAAGUGCACCGAUACCUUCAGUGACGACAGAAUCGACCUACACAUCUUCUUCUUAUAUGCCAUUGGAGACAAGUAAGUCUAGUAUAAAACUGGAAUCGAGCAGUUUCGUUUCUACUUCACCACUGAUGUCAAAAUCAUCUCUUACUGUUGUAGACUCAACACCGGCCAUUUCAACUAGUGCAAGGUUUGCAACUAAGUCAAGCAGUUCUCUCUUUGUACCAGAUUCAAGUUCUGCUACGUUCAAAUUAGCCUUCUCUUCUAUAGUCUCAACAGAAUUAAGUCCUCUUGUCAUGGAAGCAAGUUCUUCAAGCAUGUCCAUAGAGUCAAGCAGAUUAACAGUAGAAUCUAGUAGUUACAUAGUGAAGCCAAUAUCAAGUGUGUAUACCACUACAACAGAAUCACCAACGCCAGUUCCAACACUAGCACCUAGCAGUUCUGCUGUGCUAGUAGAUUCAAGCACAGCCGAAGGUUUGGAAACGACUAGUUCUUUAUUGUCAUCUGAAAGGAUCUCUCCUACUUUGUCAACACAGCCAAGUAGCACAUUUGUGCUAGUAUCAACAAGCAUUCUUUUGCCACUUCCACCAACCAGUGCGGUAUCAUCAGUUACACAAACUAGCGCAUCUUUAGGAACAGAGUCCAGCUCUCUGCCUACAUCAUCAACCACAAGCAUUCCAGUCAUUCCAGUAAAAGAUACCGAACGUAUUCUUUCUACAACAGCUAUUGUGACCACUGAAUCAAGUAGUCCAGUUGUAACAAGUCCAUCUGUGGAAAUAACGGAAACAUCGUCUAUACUUUUGUCUUCGGAACCAAGUACCCCUACUGUAAUUCGCGCUACUAGUUCAGCUACAGUUUUAUUGGAAUCAACUUCAAGCACAUUUGUUGUAAAAUCUAGUAGUCCAGUUGUAAUUGCUACAAGUCCAACUUUGGUUGUAACAGAUUCAAGUACUCCCGUUGUGACAUCUAUAACAAGUUCACCUAUAGAAUCAACGUCUAGCGUUAGUACGGUAGAAAUAAGUAGUUCUGUUGCAUCAGCUGUAACAAGUUCAUCGAUGGUUAUUAUAGAACCAACUUCAACGGGUAUAUCUACAGAAAUAACCAGUCAUAUUGCACCCACAGUAACAAGUUCACAGGCGGUUAUUAUAGAACCAACUUCCACUGGUAUAUCUACAGAAAUAAGCAGUCCUAUUGCCACCACCGUAACAAGUUCACAGGCGGUUAUUAUAGAACCGACCUCCACGGGUAUAUCUACAGAAAUAAGUAGUCCUAUUGUAACAUUCUUCACAAGUUCAUCUGUUGUUACUGACGUAAGUAGUCCUCUUGCAACAGCUGUUCCAAGUUCCUCUGUACUAUCUAUAGAACCAACAUCUGCCAUUUUACCUGUAGAAACAAGUGCCCUGGUUGUUACGACUACCUCGAGUUUACCUGUUAUUCCCGUGGCAUCGACGUCGGCCACUAUGUCUGUGGAACCAACCAGCCCUGUAGUUACAUUUGAACCAAGCACACCAGCAGUAUCAACAGAAUCAAUAUUACCGUCCAGAGAAACAAGCACAUUAGUUUUAACAUCCACAUCACCUUCGUCUAUGGUUGUCAUUGAACCCACUUCAGCAGUUUUGCCAACAGAGAGUAGUGUGGCACUAACAAGCAGCAGUCUUGUACCUGAAACACCGCUAAGCUCUUCCAUUCUGCCAUCAGAAUCUUCAACGUCUGCGUUUGUUAUUGAACCUACUUCGGCGGUUUCCUCUACAGAAAGCAGCGUGCUUCUAAUAACAAGUAGUCUUGUUACCGAAACACCCCUAAGCUCUUCCAUUCUACCGACAGAAUCCACAAGCACAUUACCACAGAUGGAAACAACACGUCUACUAACUGAAGUUAUUUCCUCAACAGUUGAAUCACGUUUUAUCGUCCCACCCAUGGAAACUCCAAGUCUGUCUGUAACAUCAACUGUCGUGAUUCCUGUAGAAUCCAGCUCAACGAUAAUAGAAGAUCACUCCAGUUCCUUUGUGACGUCAGUUGAGCCAAGCUCUUCUAUUGUGCCAGUUGAAUCCAGUGUCUCUGUUACGCUGACUGAACCAAUCACAUCGGUUGUAGCUAUUGAAUCCAGUUCUUUUGUUACGUCAGUUGGAACAAGUUCGUCGGUUGCACCUACUGAAUCAAGUUCAGUUGUAAUUCCACUGGAAUCUAGCCUACUCGUUCUUUCAACAGAAUUAAGUAGCUCACCACUAGAGGUUGCAUCAAGCAGUGUGAUCAUAUCAGAAUCAAGCAGUAUGUUCAUACCAGAAUCAAGCAGUUUGAUCAUAUCAGAAUCAAGCAGUGUGAUCAUAUCAGAAUCAAGCAGUGUGAUCAUUUCAGAAUCAAGCAGUAUGUUCAUACCAGAAUCAAGCAGUAUGCCAAUUCCUACGGUUUCUGUCUCUGUAACAUAUGCACCUGAGUUAAGCAGUUCGGUUAUAGCUACAGGAAUAUCGUCCUCUGUAGUAAUACCAGAAUCCAGUUCCAUCCUUGUGUCUUCAUUCGUCACUAGUUCAUCCUUCUCAGUUACAAUCAGCCCUUCUGUUUCCCUGGAGUCAAGCACAGACAUUGUGACGUCAUCUUCUGUUGUGUCGUCAUUUUCACCAACAGCUACCGAAGUCGUGCCCUCCGUUGUCACAAGUUCAGUCACGCCAUCAGUCACCGAAGUUGUUACGUCAUCUGUUGUUACUUCGCCGAUCCUACCAACAAACACCGAGGUUGUGACGUCACCCAUGGUUACAUCAUCGAUUACUCCAACCGCUGAAGUUAUGACGUCAUCCAUCGCUACACCAACGGUCGCACCAACAACCAGUGAAGUUGUCACGUCAGCCAUUGUUACGUCGUCGAUCGUGCCAUCAAGCACCGAGGUUGUGACGUCAUAUUCCCUCACGUCGUCCAUCACACCAACCUCGACCGAAGUGGUGACGUCAUCUAUUAUUACGUCAACGCCCACCCCAGUUACAACCCCUCCUACGAAGAUACGAAUCAAAGGCUCCUUCAGCAUCAUUGCCGGAAGGAACUGGACUUCUGAUCUUGGCGACAAAUCAUCGACUGGUUACACCUUACUGAAAGAGCUCCUCAUUGAAAGGCUUCGCAAUUUGUUUUUGUCCAGCUUUCUCAAGAACGUUUUUAUUGACAUAGAAGACAAGAUGACGUUUAGUGAAGGUAGCGUGUUGGUCGACUAUUGGGCGAAUUUUGAUAACAGUGCCGAAGUGAAUGCAGCGAACGUCACUUCCGCCUUUAAAAGCGGUUUAAUAGGAAGUAAUGGGAAUCUGCUGGAGAACUAUACGAUCGAUACAGAUACGAUAGUACACGAAGUUGCUCCUAUCGUCAAGCCCCCAGUUGCCCCAACCGGAACUGUGCUCCCUGAUUGGGCAAUAGCGGUCAUCGUGUGCGGAUCACUAUUGCUUUUGUUCCUCUUCUUCAUGAUCUGUGUAUUGUGCUCUCGUCGCCACACCCGCCAGAAGUACCGGAUGCCCGAGGACCCGGAUGACAUCGGGUACAGACGGAGUUGGGCAGACGACAGCCUCCCGAUCUCAGAGCAGGCGUACGACAACAAGAUAGCGAUGCAGGAGUCGACAAACCACGUCGAGAACGGCAAGGACAACAACGCCUACAACGACGAAACGCUAGAACGUCGACCGGUACACCAGUCUAAUACAACGGACAGGGACAUUGAGGUCCCACAAGAAAAUGGAUUCUUGAAUCCUUCCCUUGUACAUCACCAUGACCACAACACCGUCACACUGUAUCACGAGGAACUGGAUGCUUGGGAGACGCGCCUAUGACGAAUAUGUAAACGGACUUUUGAUUGGAUGCAAGACAGCCGACGUGUGAUUGGGUCGUUUGUUUCUGUACGGCCAUGACCAAAGUGAUAUCGCCAGUGUGAUAAUAUAUCAAACAAUAUUAAUACUUGAUACAAUAUUCGCUUAUGUAAUUCAUAAUGGUGCUUAGAGAUCUGCCGCAGUUGCCUCCCCUGGAGACCAGGCUGCAGUUGUUUCACAAGAGACCUGUCGCAGUUGCCUCCCUUGUACUGCUUGAUUAUAUAUCAACGUUUCUUAAGCAGUCUCAUCAACCAUGAGUUUGGACAUAUAUUUAUGUGCGAAGCUGGAAGCAUGUGUAAGAGGCAGGCGUGCUUGAACAUUUAUUGACCACAAAUGCGUGUGCAGGCGCUUGUGCAGGAGAUGGGUAGGAUUCGAAACUCCUCCCUCCUACUCAAAGGGAAAUUUCUUUUAAAUAGAUAUAGUUUACGGGGUGAGCAAGUCUUGACCCAAUAAACUUUUCAAUCAGUCUAAACCCCCCUCCUGACCCCUACCCCUCCUGUACUGCUUCCUGCACACGCGUCUGUUGUGAUAUGGUUGACUGGUUUAUUUUUCAACUGCUGUCCAUUGUGAAAUGAUUAUAUUUUAAACCAUAUUAUAUUACAUAUUUAAAACAGGGAAUGUAGAUUUCAGAUAGGACAUAUAGGCUACAGUUACAUUCAGACCUUUUUAAUUCAAGUCAAAGAGGUACAGAUUUCUAUCAUAAUCUGUUAUGCCAGCACGCGUUCUUAACUACUGUUAAUUUGGCUUCCAUUUUUUUGUGGAAGACUUCGAUAGCCGAGUAGUUAAGAUUUGAGUAAAACCUUGUUAAUUUUAGUCAAUAUGUAGGAUAAGGUAGAGGGCUGUAAAACUUGAGAUUUCGAUCAUACCUUUAGUCAUAUCUGUAGAUUUCAAUCAUAACUUGUAUACUUAAUCUUAUGACCUGGAUAAAUUGAGUGAGAGAGAGAGAGAGAGAGAGAGAGAGAGAGAGAGAGAGAGAGAGAGAGAGAGAGAGAGAGAGAGAGAGAGAGAGAGAGAGAGAGAGAGAGAGAGAGAGACAGAGACAGAGAGAGAGAGAGAGAGAGAAGACUACAUAUUUUAGUCAGGACGUAUAGAUUUAUAGAUUUUAGUUUAAACCUAAUAUACACUUUGGGUCGUUUUCUCUUGUUCGCUAUUAUUGGCGGAUAACGGGCAUGCAAAACAACAACAGACGCACAUGAAAUCAUUGAUAUUAAAUACAUUUUACAAACAUAGAAAAUAAUUUUUUUGAUGCAUCCGGUUUUCGAUUUUCGGUCCAAACCACACUAGAGCGGUUUGUAGACUGGCCCAUGAGAUUAAUGAAUACUGUUUAAUAAUUAUUAUUAAUUUUAGACCUGCCCAUCUAAAUUUUCGCCAAAAUUAUAUUAUACUAAUAAUUUAUAUAGGUUAGGAAUGUUAAUAUAUUGUUUUAAGGGCAAAGUCAAAAUGUACGAACCCCAAUUUUCCUCUUUGUUUAUACUUUUGGUGUUAAUAUUCAAAAUUUUCAAAAUUGACCGUAUUUGUUAGGUUAUUCCUGUCCCGAGUCAGACCCCCGAUCUUAUCGAAACCCUAGUGGUAUAUGGACACGCUAAAACAGUUACUAAGCUAAGCUAGACAGACGCAUGGGCAAGUUGACUUAUUGGGCGUUAUUGUUUAUGGUUUAGUGUUGAUAGGGGCCGUCCAUAAUUUUCUACAUUUUCACGAGCGUACAAACCGUACGCGGGGGGG